AACCAUUCUAGCAAAUGCAACUAAGGGUCAGUUUCGUCAAACUAUACCCACAAAUAAAAACAUUUUACUAAUUUAUCAUUAAUACACAUUAACGAAGAAUGUUUUAUUUGUCAACAAGAACAAGAAUGGAAGAAGAGUGUUGUUUCAUUUGCAGAAGCACAAAAAAACAAACAUAAUUCACAUGAACAUUGUCUUUUGCAUUUCCUCCUCCUCCUCCAAUAACCUCUCUUCUAUACCUCCAACACCUACAAUCUUACAACAACCUAAUCAAGCUCUUCCUCAUUGCUCCUUCUUCAAUCUCUUGCAUUUUUUUCUCUCUUCAUAAUCGAGUUUCUUUGCAAUGGACAAACGGUGGCCGUGGAAGAAAAAAUCUUCCGACAAGGUUGUGAUUGAGAAAACAGCUGCUUUGUUAGACUCAUCAGAUGCUUCUUCCAAUCAGGACAACAACAAGAAACCAAAUUAUGUCAAAAUCUCUGUUGAAUCCUAUUCACAUCUGUCUGGUUUGGAGGAUCAAGUGAAGACGUAUGAGGAAAAAGUGAAGUCAUAUGACGAAAAAGUUAAGACAUAUGAGGAAAAAGUCCAGACAUAUGAGGAAAAAGUUCAGACACUUGAAGAUGACAUCAAGGAAAUGAAUGAAAAGCUUUCAGCUGCAAACUCUGAGAUUAAUACCAAGGAAAGCAUGGUAAAACAACAUGCUAAAGUAGCUGAAGAAGCUGUCUCAGGAUGGGAAAAGGCUGAAGCCGAGGCUUUGGCAUUGAAGGACCAUCUGGAAUCUGUCACUCUUUCAAAACUCACUGCCGAGGACCGCGCAUCACAUUUAGAUGGUGCUCUUAAAGAAUGUAUGCGACAGAUACGGAACCUUAAGGAAGAACAUGAACAGAAAAUACAGGAAGUUGCUCUGUCGAAAACCAAGCAAUUAGACAAGAUCAAGGGGGAGCUUGAGGCUAAGAUAACUAGCUUUGAACAGGAUCUCCGGAGGUCUGCUGCUGAAAACGGGGCACUGUCAAGGUCCUUGCAAGAGCGCUCUAACAUGCUAAUCAAAUUAAGCAAAGAAAAAGCUUGUGCCGAGGCUGAAGUUGAGCAUCUCAAGAGCACCAUAGAAUCAUGUGAAAGAGAAAUUAAUUCGCUUAAAUAUGAACUCCAUGUUGCUUCCAAAGAGCUUGAAAUUCGCAAUGAAGAAAAAAACAUGAGUAUGAGGUCUGCAGAAGCUGCUAACAAGCAGCAUAUGGAGGGUGUAAAAAAGAUUGCUAAAUUAGAAGCUGAGUGCCAAAGACUACGGGGACUAGUUCGGAAAAAGUUACCUGGUCCAGCUGCACUUGCACAAAUGAAACUAGAAGUUGAAAAUCUUGGCCGAGAUUAUGGAGAAAGUCGAUUAAGGAAAUCACCUGUGAAGCCUGCUACCCCUAAUUCGUCUCCACUACCUGAGUUCUCCCUGGAGAACGUACAGAAUUUCCAGAAGGAGAAUGAAUUUCUUACAGAGCGUUUAUUGGCAAUGGAAGAAGAAACAAAGAUGCUGAAAGAAGCUUUGGCUAAACGUAACAGUGAAUUGCAGGCCUCAAGGAGUACAUGUGCUAAAACACUGAGCAAACUUCAAAGUUUAGAAGCACAACUUCAGACAAGUAACCAGCAGAACGGAACUCCAAGAUCCAACAUGCAUGUAACCCAUGAAAGUAUUUAUAGUCAAAAUGCAAGCAUUGCACCAAGCUUGGUUUCCAUGUCCGAAGACGGAAAUGAUGAUGCAGCAAGUUGUGCAGAGUCUUGGUCCACAACAAUGGCCUCUGGGCUAUCCCAAGUUUCUAAAAGGUGUACUGAGGAAUCAAACAAAUCCGAAGCCAUUCAAAAGUUGGAACUAAUGGAUGACUUUCUGGAGGUGGAGAAGUUAGCUCGUUUAUCAAUUGAUUCCAACACAGUUUCAUUGUCUUCGAACAACAAGGCAACUGAUGUAGUGACCAAUGAUGUAUCACAAGUUGGUACUGGCACAGUUGGCCUGUCUGAAACAAAUGGUGAUUCCAAUCCAUUGCCGAAUCAAGUGUCUUCCAGUGCUUUGAUUAAUGCACCUGAUCCCCAAUCUGAUGUUGGUGGCUUAUUAGCAAAGCUUAGAUCUAGAAUAUUACUGGUUUUUGAGUCCAUUGCUAAGGAUGCUGAUAUAGGGAAGAUCAUUGAAGAUAUUAAACAUGUGCUAGAAGAUUCAUGUGAUUCACGUGACAUUGCUGUUCACAAUUCUGUAGGUUUCAUUUCCCAGGAUGUACAACCAUCUGAUGCCACGUGUGAUAGGCAGAAUAAUCCUGAAGAUGCUGGCUUAAACCUUGAAAAGGAAACCAUUUCAUCCCUGCAGCCCAAAGAAUAUGUGCAGAUAACUUCAGAUUUAGAUGCUGCAAUUUCUCAUAUUCAUGACUUUGUAUUGUUACUAGGCAAAGAAGCAAAUUCAUUUCAUGACAUAUCUUCGGAUGGAAAUGAAAUGAGUCAAAAAAUUGAGGAGUUUUCUGUCACCUUCAGUAAAGUUUUAUGCAGCAAUGCUAGUCUGCUACAGUUCGUUCUUGACCUUUCUUAUGUUUUGGCUAAGGCAAGUGAACUCAGAUUUAACGUCCUUGGAUACAAGGGUACAGAAACCGAAACUAACAGUCUCGAUUGCAUAGAUAAGAUUGCUUUGCCUGAAAAUAAGUUAGUUCAAGACAAUUCAUCUGGAGAAAGAUAUCAAAAUGGUUGUUCCCGCGUUCUUAAUCCCUGUUCUGAUCCCGAGGUUCCUGAUGAUGGAAAUUUAGUUCUGGGCUAUGGAGCGAAUGCGGCAUCACAAAAAAUGUCAUCAGAGGAAUUUGAAGAAUUGAAACUAGAGAAAGAGAAAGUAACAACAGAUCUGUCAAUAUGUACCGAGAAUCUUGAAGUGGCCAAGUCUCAAUUGCUAGAAACCGAGCAACUUCUAGCAGAAGUUAAAUCACAGUUGGCUUCUUCUGAAAGAUCAAAUAGCUUGGCUGAGACACAGCUAAAAUGUAUGGCAGAGUCAUAUAAGUCACUUGAAACACGUGCCCAGGAGUUUGAAACUGAGCUGAACCAUUUGCAAAGUAAGAUAGAAACUCUGGAAAAUGAGCUUCAAGAUGAAAAGAGAGCUCAUGAAGCUGCUUUGGUGAAGAGCAAGGAGCUAGAAGAGCAGUUACUAAGGAUUGAGAGCUCAACUGCCGAAAAUGACGCCAAGUAUACACAGGAGAGAGAUUUGGCAGCAGCCGCCGAUAAGCUAGCCGAGUGUCAAGAAACUAUAUUCCUUCUGGGAAAGCAGUUAAAUGCUCUACAUCCUCAAAGUCAACCAAUUGAGUCUCCUUACAACAACACAAGUCCAAAUACUACUAGUAGCCCAAAUCUUCAAGAAGUAGGUCAGUUGGAGAUGGACAGUGCCACUUCUUCUUUUGUGCAAAGACUGAGUUCGGAUUCCCCCUUGCAUUUUUCCAAUGGUUUAUUUGUCCCAUCAGAUAACGAUACAAAUGUUCCGGCCAGAUCUCCGGCACCGCUUCCAAAAUCAAAACCAAAACACAGACCUACCAAGUCAGCCUCUUCUUCAACUUCUUCUGCCACUACGCCAGAGAAGCAUGGACGGGGAUUUAGUAGAUUCUUUUCAUCAAAAGGGAAACCUGCUUAUUGAGAUUGCAGCUUGCAGAUAUAUUAUUAAUAUUAAUGUUUGACAAAAUUGAGUUUUUGGGGAGGUUUGUGUAGUUAGGAAAGGGAUGCUAUGAGUGUAUGGUGAUUCUUGUAUGUAAUGGUUGUGAAGUAACCAUAUGUUGUUUUCUUCUUUUCCUUUUCAUUGGUUUUUGCUCCCCUUUAUUCUGUAAUUGAAUUAGCAAACUACAAACAUUGACAUAGUCUAAGAACCUUUACAGGAUAUGUUCAAUAUAUUGAUUUUAUAUAGUUAUCCAUACCCUUAAUUAUUCA